AGGAAUUACUGGACAGAAGAGGGAGAUUGCAAGAGCUGGAGAGUCCCUUUAGUUCUGAAGACAGAGGGGAUCACCUGAGGGCCAACAGGUGGACAUGGCUUGCAGGGGCCACACUCGACCCAAGGGACUGACCUGGACCCUAGGACUGACCCUCGCAUGGAUCCUGCUGGGAGCCUGUGGAGGAAGCCGCCCACUCCCAGCUAUGUCCCGGAGACAUCAUAGGCUGGCGGCCGAUCUUGGCACAGGUCAGCUGCACCUUGCAGAGAUGGACACGCCAGAGGCAUCGGACCCUGGGAUGGUCCCAGAACGCUGUGGGGACCCGAGCCCCGGGUGCGAAUCCUUUCUGGGACACCUCCAAGUUGCCCUCCACAGUCGCUUCCGCCUGCUGUUACUGGGGAUACGCCAAGCGCAGCCGCUCUGCUCCGAGCUCUGCGAUGUCUGGUUUGCCACCUGCGAAAACGAUAUCACCUGCGGCCCGACUUGGCUCUCACUUCUAGAAAAGAGGGACUGUGAGCCUGGCUGCACUACCUAUGACCAGACCUUCGCUGACGGGGCGGACCUUUGCCGUUCCGUUCUGGGCUACGCGCUGCCGGUGGCAGCUCCUGGCGCCGGUCACUGCCUCAACAUUUCCAUCUCGGUACUGCCGGGUUCCAGACAGGAACGGAAGGCCGGGGAAAUCACCUUCCCGCGUUUCCGCCGUUCACGCAUCUCGAUCCUGGAUGCUGCGGGCAGCGGGAGUGGCAGUGGAGGCGGCAGCGGCCCCUAGGGGGGCGCGGGGCCUUGGAUGGGAGAUGAGCCCCUUCCCCUGUUCCGGCCCCUCAGGACACCCAGAGCUCCACCUCUCUCCCGCUCUGCCUUCUAGUUUCGAGUCCUGUCCCGCCUCCCUGGAGUCCCAGAGACUCGCCCUUCUCCAGAUGAUCAAAGAAAUAAUCCAACUCUAGCUCAUCUUCCCCUCUCCCCCCGAAUAAAGUCGCCAACUAGA